CAGUGCUUUGCUUUUGCCACCACCACCACUCCUUCUCCUCCUCCUCCUCUUUCUAGUAGAUAUUCCAAACUGAUUUUUUUUGUCUUGCUCACUGAAGGGGAGGAACAAAAAAAUAUAGCCCCUCACCCAAGUAGCAGUUGCAAUGGGUGCUGUAAUGGGCACGUUCUCUUCUCUGCAAACCAAACAAAGAAGACCCUCGAGAGAAUUCGCCCGGUGGUAUUACCUGUCUCAGAGAGAUAAAAUUGAAGAUGAAUUGGAAAUGACAACAGUAUGUCAUCGACCAGAAGGAUUAGAACAACUUGAGGCACAAACCAAUUUCACAAAGAAGGAACUUCAAGUGCUUUACAGAGGAUUCAAAAAUGAAUGCCCUAGUGGAGCUGUUAAUGAAGAAACAUUCAAACAGAUCUAUGCACAGUUUUUCCCUCAUGGUGAUGCUAGUAUGUAUGCCCAUUAUCUUUUUAAUGCAUUUGAUACAGCGCAGAAUGGAUCUGUGAAAUUUGAGGAUUUUGUGAUGGCACUCUCCAUUCUUUUGAGAGGAACAGUUCAUGAAAAGCUACGAUGGACAUUUAAUCUCUAUGACAUAAAUAAGGAUGGCUAUAUAAACAAGGAGGAAUGCCCUAGUGGAGCUGUUAAUGAAGAAACAUUCAAACAGAUCUAUGCACAGUUUUUCCCUCAUGGUGAUGCUAGUAUGUAUGCCCAUUAUCUUUUUAAUGCAUUUGAUACAGCGCAGAAUGGAUCUGUGAAAUUUGAGGAUUUUGUGAUGGCACUCUCCAUUCUUUUGAGAGGAACAGUUCAUGAAAAGCUACGAUGGACAUUUAAUCUCUAUGACAUAAAUAAGGAUGGCUAUAUAAACAAGGAGGAAAUGAUGGACAUAGUAAAGGCAAUUUAUGACAUGAUGGGCAAGUAUACUUACCCAGUGCUGAAGGAAGAUGCUCCAAGACAACAUGUAGAAGUAUUUUUCCAGAAAAUGGACAAAAACAAAGAUGGCAUUGUAACUUUGGAUGAGUUUAUUGAGUCAUGCCAGGAGGAUGAGAAUAUCAUGAGAUCCUUACAGCUUUUUGAAAAUGUCAUGUAACAGCAGCUGAAGAGCAGUCUAGAAAUCUGAGACUUUAUAUGUACUGAGAUCCUGAAGAAAACAAGUCAAGAUUUUUCUCCCCACCAUCUUUUUUGAUGAAAGCUUUUUACUACUUGGACAGACUCAGUGUAUAAGGAUUUUGUAUGAUACUGCAAACUGAGCUGUGUCUCUGAAUGCAAC